AUGGCAUGCUCAGAGGGUGAGGAUUUGCGAGCCUUGAGCGUUCAGGUGGCCGAGUUUCGUUUGCAUGUGGAGAAUCAGCUCGCAGAAGUGGUGAGGCUUUUGGAAAAUUCCAAGCUCAAGGAGAGGUCUGAGCCACCGGUGAGUGCUGGAGGCUCCUUCCGCAACAGCCUGUUGAAUAUUUUCACUGGAUCAACUCCAAAGUCCAAUAGCUUCACAGGCUCGGAUCCGCCGAUGGAUUCCAUCGAGGAAGCCGAGGAAGAGAGCGACGCCUCUUGUGAGAAGACGAAGACCCGGAAGACCGAGCUGUUCUUCCAAUCGCGCUCGAGCACUUCCAGCUCGAAGAGCUCUCGGCACUCCUUCGUGCGCAAGAGCACCGUGGCUCACCGGCAGCGCGCACAAAGUCAAGCACAGAAGCUUCGGAGCGUUCGCGUGAGCAUGCACCUGAUGCCGCAGCCAUCCAUGGAGCCCCGGCAGCGGUCGUUGAAGUACUAUGCAAACAAGAUCGUGUCCUCCGGCGCCUUCGCGUAUACCAUCACCUUCUUUAUUCUUCUAAACGUGAUUUUGUUGGGAAUCGAAGUGGACUAUUCCGCUUCGGUGGGACAGUUCGAUAUCCCGGAUUGGUUUAACCACAUGAACACGGUCAUCGUGCUGUUCUUCGUGCUGGAGAUCGUUUUGAAAUUUAUGGCUUUGGGGUGCUGGGACUUUUGGUUCGGCGAGGAUGCCACCUGGAACUUCUUCGAGUUCCUGAUCAUCAUCGUCUCCGUGGUGGACGUGGCCUUGGACUUCGUCACCACGGCGAUCUCGUCGAAUCUUAACACCGGGCAACUCCGCCUGGUGCGCUCCAUACGCUUGGCGCGCGCCUUGCGCUCCAUGCGGGUGAUGCGGCUCUUCCGGUACGUGAGCGCCUUGCGAACGCUGGUCUUGUCGAUCAUCAGCACGAUGGGUUCUCUCUUAUGGACGCUGGCACUGCUGGUGUUGAUUUUCUAUAGUUUCGGAGUGAUGCUCACUCAGUUGGUCAUCGAUCAUUGUCGCUACAACACGAUUGAGUCCACGGGCGACACCAAUGCCAUACCUACAUGUGAACCGAUUCUGAAGAUGUAUUGGUCGGAGGUUCCUGAGAGCAUGCUGACACUCUUUAUGGCCAUCACUGGCGGUGUGAGUUGGGACGAUGCGGUUCGGCCACUGCGAGAUGUGUCCAUGUUGGCAUUGGCGUUGGUGAUUUUCUACGCGCCUUGGUCGGGAUAG